GUCAGCACAGAAACCAUGUUGCCCAGGGCGCAUUCUCCAGCUCAGGGUCAUGAUCUAAAUUAGCUGCUGCCAGUCUGGUUAGAAAGUUCCGGAAGCGGCUGAGUGUGGGAGAAGUAAGCCCCACGGUGAGCAGGGCUGGAGGCGCUGGCCCACCUGUGACGCAGGCAGUGCAGGGGGGUGGCUGUGGUCAGCAGGGGCCUCUUUGGACCUCAGAUGCUGCAGGGUUCAGGCCACAGGGCCUGUUUCCUCUGCCUGGGGGUGUGAGAAAGGAGAGAGGCUGUCCGGGGGCAGGCCUGGACUCCCUCCCCCUUCCCCUCCAGUGGGGCUUCUGAAGGUCAGGAGGGACUGAGGUCUGGACAGACCAGUGGCCUAUGAGCCUGAGAUGUGGGCCUGGCCCCGCCAUGUCCCGGCUUCCAGACCGUGGGCCCAUCAAAUACCCUAAAUGGGCCCCGACGUCGCUCAUCUGUAAAAUGGACGCUAAUCUUGAUAUCCGCCGCCUCUCGCAGGGACCGAGCCUGGGAACCGCAGAAACCAGACACGCUGUGCACGGGUGACGUUAGCUCUUGCUGGCCAGGACGGCGGCGAGUGACAGAGAUCAGUAUGUGGGGUCGAAAUGUCCGUGGUGGGGUGCCGGCGUGGCACGUGUGUUGGCGGCCCCUCCCGUGUCCUGACCUGCAGCUGCUGGGGGUUCCCUCUUGGGCCCUGGGCCCCGCCCUCCACACAGUGGUUUUGGUGAGCAGACACUCUUCCCCCGAGGCGCUCCCCGGGGUGCAGGGACAGGGACAGGGGCAUUGCCGACUUGCUCCCCAUCACGCCGAAGUGACCAGUGGUGAGCUGCCCGGGCGUGGCCUCCGUCCGAGGAGUUUCUCACCGCGAGGCCAGGGACUGAGCCUUCUGAAGGACUGUCCCCCUUACGGGACAGGAGCGGGGGAAGAAGGCGGUGUUGAUGCUCUCUUGUCCGAGAGCACAGAGCAGGUCGGGAGCCCAGAGUGGACGGGGUGACUCUCGGAAGCCACACGGUGGGAAGGGACGGGGCUGGGAUGUUGGGCCUCAGAGAUCACGGUUAGGAGUCCAGUUUCUGCUCCGCCCUGCUGAGUGACCUGCGAUGGUCGUCCACACCCUUAGGAUGGGCUUCCGCAUCCCCAGAAGGGACUUCCCAGCCUAUAGGCUGACUGCCUUCAGUUCGUGUCCCUGGCCAUCCUGGGGUCCAGCCUUAGGAUCCGAGGCUCUGAGCAGCUGGGGGGAGCCUCCGUGGGCGGGGAAAGGCCACGGCCGGCGGGGAGUUAUGGGGCUGCUCCCCCCAGGGUCCACGGGAGACAAGGUUCUCAGAGGUCGUGGGGCCCCGUCUGGGGAGAAGAGGCCUGACCCUCAGCAGGUGGCCGUGAGUCUGAGGCAGCCGAGCCUGUGGACGGAGGAGCCCGUCCCUGCCCCCUGCCUGUGUGUGAGAGAGGGCCCAGGGCUGGCAGAGCCUUAGGGGGACGCGCUGGUGGGGUGCUGCCCUGUUGGGGGGGUUGCCUUGUGGGGGGGCAGGGCGGGUCCGGGUGCCCGGAGGGCCUGGGGUGCUGGCAGUAACGAAACGCCCCUGUUUGCACUGGGGUGUGGGGGGUGGGCCCUUCCCACAAAGCGCUUUGUUCUUGUGCUCAGAGCAUCUUCCUUAGACACCCGACAGUUAAGUGCAGAGAAAAUCAGAAAGGAGAUUUGACUCGUUCAAUGGUGUUAAGACAGAGGACAGGCCCAAAGCAGGGGCGACACUGUGUCCCUAGUACAGUGGUUUGUGCAACUUUGGGCCUGGCCAUCGGCUGGCCCUGGGGAGCAGGGCUGCCUGGGUGGAGUGUGAACCCAGGGAAACAGGUAAGGGGUCCCAGCAGUGCCGGCUGCGGAGCUGAGAUCACCAGGCUGGUCGUGCCCACAGGUCGGGGCGUCUCCCACACAGCGCCUCACCCAGGGGGGGUUCCUAUGUUUAUUACACCAUCGUUCCCCGAGGGUCCCUGCAGGUGCCAGAGAGAAGAGGAAGCAUCUGAAUGGCUUAUCUAGAGCAGCCAGCUUGUCCUAGACAGUUAGCUCCGCCCUUGGGGUGGGAAGAGCCUAAGAGUGUUCUGAGCAGAAGCUCGCCUCUUCUCUUGCCUCUGCCUUCUGGAUGUUUCCUCCACGGCCAACUCGGCCCAAACCAAGCCUGAAGGAGGCAGCCUGUGAUGGGAGCCCACUCAGAAGACCCCCACCUGUGCUGGGCCUCCCGGCUCCUGGGGUUCAGCAGCCUCGUCCUCAGCGCCUUCAGCACUGUGGUCAACGGUUCUGGAACUCAUGGAUCUCAAGUGGAGGAUUCUGGAAACGUGGUUUCUGUGAAGGGAACUCAAGGAAGUUCUGUGUCGUUUCGUGUGACCCGAAGUCCAGAAUCACUUCCAGGAGUCAAGCUGGAGAAGAUUUCUUGGGGCAUUAAAAACAAGUCCGACUACCUAGUCCUCCUGCAAGUGUCUCCUGGGGAAGAUGUUCCAAAAUGGGUCAACUUCCAGGACAAGUUCGAGAAGAGGGUCCAUGUGCUCAACACCACGACCCUGAGGAUUGACAACCUGACCCUUGAGGACAGUGGGCAGUACUGGGCUCGAGUCUCCUUAACAGGAGGAAGAGAAACUAUCCGGUAUUUCCACCUCACUGUCUACGAGCCCGUGCCCCACCCCCAGAUCCUGGCCAAGACUCCAUCCUUCACACCAGACUGGUGCAAUGUCACCCUGGAGUGCCACGCCCCGGGAACCAGAGAGGACGUGAAUGUGUCCUGGGAGAACAAGGGCCUCCCCAGGGAGCUGGAACAGAGAGGGGUCCCAGGACCGGCCCCCAACCCCUGGACCCUGGCUCUGAAGCUGCCCCUGAGCCAGCCCAGCCCCAACAUCACCUGUGUGGUCAGCAACCCGGGGGACCGGAAAACUGCCACCCGGGACCUUGGGGAAGUCUGUGCCCACGGUCCACUUGCACAGGCCGGUGCUGGUUUCUUGAGAGACAUCCUGGGGGCUCUUGGCAUCACGUUCCUGAUCCUUGGAGCUGGACUGUACCUUCGGUGCUCACGUGGGAAGAAGCAGAGCUUGGAGCCUGGGAGAGGCAGGAUCCCAGGAAGAGCACAGGGACCGUUUUGGUGGCGUCCACCAUGCGGGGAAGAUGUCCCGAGACCACAGGAAGCAGAGUUCAGGGGAACCACAUCUCGAACAGGAGACACCGCUCACGACAGUCUACAGUGAGGUCCGCCACCCAGGCCAGGGCUCGAGGGUGAUUUAACAGGAAGGAACAGGGAAUCCAGCCUCCCCCCGACACCUCUGUUGUGCGCGUGAUGCCUGCGGCCCUGGUCCUGCCCCCUCCCCCUCUGGCUGCUCUCAGCAGGGACCUGAUUCAUCCACCCUCCGUGAAUCUCUACGCGGACACGUCGUGCCCAAGUUGAGCAGAAGACACACAUCGCGGCAGAUCGAGGGGGACUUUCGUCGUUAAAAGAGUCCAAACUGUGGUCCGGUUCCGCUCAGCCUCAGCCCCUUUGGCAACCGUCAACGGAGCCCACUCUCCCCAUGUCUGUGCCCCGUCCGUCGUCCUGUCCGGACCCUCGGCCUCUGGGACCCAUCGACAUGCGGCCUCAACUUCCAGCCUCGACCGUCUCACCACCAGCCAAUUGUCAGUAUGUGCAUUUUCCUUCUGUCUCUCUCCCCAAAUAUAUGUGUAAAUAACCACUUUAAAAAAAAAACAGACUAAAUUUGUCUAA